UUUUUUAUUUCUUAUUUCUUAUUUCUUAUUUCUUUUUAUUAUUUUAAUUUUUUUUCUUUUUUUUUCUGUACACUUUGUUUAUAAUCAAUGUCGGCAAAAUCCAUCACACUAAGAUUUACUAAAUACAAACGAUUUAGUAUACUAUGUAUUCUUGUGAUAACCCUUUUAAUAUUAUGUUCAUUGCCGUUUGACGAUAACCCAUUUAAUCUCUUUUCCUACCACACAUCAUCUCACACAAACACAAUGGAUACACAACCAGCAUUAAUCACAGAUAAUGAACGAUACCUAGCUUAUUUACCACACUCCGGACUCUCCAACCAACGUAUAGAACUUUCCAACGCUUUACUAUUAGCUUACAUGUUAAACAGAACCUUGAUCAUCCCACCCGCUUUCCUAGGCACCGUCUUUGGAUGGAUGCCUCGUGAGAAACUGACGGAACGUCUCGACUGGCUUACUACGCCCAAAGAUUUCCACAAGUUAUGCCAACAACCUACACCGGGAAAAUUAGCCAGUUAUACCCAACAUUCACGGUGUGAAGAAUACAGACACUUUGGUACCAUCGCUUGGUCUGAUCUCCAUGAUUUUAGACCAUUACAGGAAGCAGGUAUCAAAAUCAAGUUUCAAUCCAUCGUAUCAAUGAAGCAAAUACGCCAGGAUCUGCAGAUCAUUAACGACGAUGAUAUUUACAUUCAUCAUGAUAUUCAAUUAUACGAUUGGCGUCUCUACGAGAACAAGACCGAGGCUGUGGGCCUAUUACAAAACGGACUUAAUUAUUUCGAUUCGUUUGCGGGAAGACGUUAUUACAAGGUGUUUUUACCGCGUCAUUUUCAACGCAGAAGAGAGAAAUUGGUGUACUUGGCCGGUAUCUUUGGAUCGACACGGUUUACGAUCAUUCAGCCUGAGCACAAGGCUAUGCGGCAAUUAAUCGCAGACGUCUUACAUUAUCGUUUGGAUACGCCCUUGGGUGAAACGGUGAAUGCCAUUGUCAAUUACUUGGGUGGCAAAAGUUCAUUCAUGUCGGUUCAUUUUAGAACGAGUGAUAAACCAUUUAAAAAGGAAGUAUCCGCCAAUUUAAAGCAAUUCGUAAAAAACAUGACGGAGAUCGUCGGCGGUGGCGUUAACGAUGGUAACAGUAGUCGUGCUUGUGUCCGUAUACGGGACGAUCAAGAACAGGAUUUAACUUUAUUGGGAAAAGGCGUUAACGUGUAUAUAGCAACCGACCAUAAAGAUCCGCGCGGGGAGAAGAGUGAACUGCUGCCUUGGUUCGAACAAUUUCCUUGUACCACGACCUUAUCUGAUUUGCCGGAUCAUCUCUUUCAACCGCUAAACAAAUUAAGGGAUUUAGUAUCUCCUGUUCGACCGCUUAAAAGUUUUUUGAUCCCUAUUGUGGAUGCCAUGGUGGCUGCUCAUGCAAGGCGUAUAUUAACUACCCCAAGAUCAACCUUUUCAAAAUACAUUGAGGAGUUGCAUAAAGCUUGGGCAUAAUCAAUCUCUCUCUCUCUCUUUUUUUUAGCUUGUACAUAAUA